AUGUGCAAAAAAGUUGAUAACAAUGUGGAGAUUUGUAAUUUCAUCAAAGCUGUGGUGAGUUAUCCAAAGUCGGGCGGGAAAUCUGGAAAUUUUCAGCGAUUUUUGGCAAUAAUUUCUGUGAUUUGGCUAAUGUUGGGCAUGGUUUUGGUGGUUUUUUGCCUGGUUGUUGGUGCAGUUCAAUUAAUCAGCGAUAAAGAGGAUCUAAAUGUUGAGAUCAGUAUGUUCGGAUACAUCGGAGGCUGGAUGUUUGCGCUGAUUCCAUUUCUGAUCGCUGGAUUUCUUGUGAUCUUGAUCUUCACACAACUUCUAUGGCUUUAUAUUAUAGGAAUCAUAUCAGGAAUUGCUAAAAUUCUAAUGUUAUCUGGAAUCAUCGCACUAUCUUUUAUGGGCAAUUUUAGAAUUCCGAUUUUUCGCGGGAGAUUUGAGAUGUUUUUGGGGAUGUUUGCGGUGAUUUUGGUGGAAUUGAUGACGGUUUAUACGAUGUUUGUGAUGGUUUGCUCAAGGAAUUCAGAGAUUGAAGAGGAAUCUGGUGAUUUUAGUGAAUGA